ACGGAGAGCCACGGUUCCCGGACGGUAACGAUGGGGUUUCUUCACACCUCCAGUGGCGGGCGCGCUCUUACGUGCGGCUUUGGUGGCCAACUGUUUACGGGGCGCCUUUCCGCCUGUGGAUUUACGGGCCGUUUGCUUGGUCAAUAACUUAAGCAUCAUGACAGGUCGAGGCAAAGGUGGAAAAGGAUUAGGAAAAGGAGGUGCGAAACGUCAUCGUAAAGUACUCCGUGAUAACAUCCAGGGAAUCACCAAGCCUGCUAUCCGUCGCUUAGCUCGCCGUGGUGGCGUGAAGCGUAUUUCUGGUUUGAUCUACGAAGAGACCCGUGGAGUUUUAAAAGUUUUCUUGGAAAACGUAAUCCGUGAUGCUGUCACGUACACUGAACACGCCAAGAGAAAGACCGUCACUGCCAUGGAUGUUGUCUAUGCUCUUAAGCGACAAGGUCGUAGUUGUCCUACCCAGAACUACCACCUAGAACCCGAUAGCGCAAUGGCACGUACCAAGCAAACGGCCCGUAAAUCCACAGGCGGAAAGGCGCCCCGUAAACAGUUGGCCACCAAAGCCGCACGUAAGAGCGCGCCCGCCACUGGAGGUGUGAAGAAACCCCAUCGUUACCGUCCGGGAACCGUGGCUCUCCGUGAGAUCCGUCGUUACCAGAAGAGUACCGAACUGUUGAUCCGCAAAUUGCCGUUCCAACGUCUGGUGCGUGAAAUCGCCCAGGAUUUCAAGACCGAUUUGCGUUUCCAGAGUUCCGCUGUCAUGGCACUGCAGGAAGCCAGUGAAGCGUAUUUGGUCGGUUUAUUCGAAGACACCAAUUUGUGUGCGAUCCACGCCAAACGUGUCACGAUCAUGCCAAAAGACAUCCAAUUGGCUCGCCGUAUCCGCGGAGAACGUGCAUAAUUUUCUAUUUUAAUUAUCACCCUAAAACGGCCCUUAUCAGGGCCACCACAUCACUAUUUUUCGGCAGUUAUGAAUUUGUAAAUAAAACUUCACAAUAUUUAAUUUAAAAAUGUUAGUAAAAGGAAACCUAACAAUUAUCUAUACAGUUAAUCCAUCCUACUACCCGAACCUAGAAUAUUUUUAUAUAAUUCAAAUAUAUAUUUAUUUGGACGACUAUUUGAUACGUAU